GAAGGCUGUUUUUUCCUGGCUUCAGCUCUGAGUUCAAACCACUCACACCUGAGAGAGCUGGACCUGAGCUACAAUCACCCAGGAGACUCAGCAGUGAAGCUGCUCUCUGCUCACCUGGAGGAUCCCAAAUGUAAACUGGAGAAACUGAAUGUGGACCACAGUGGAGAGUGCAGGACCAGACCAGGGUUCCAGAAAUACUCCUGCCAGCUGACGCUGGACCCCAACACAGCAUACAGCGGCCUGUCUCUGUCAGGGGGGAACAGGAAGGUGACAUGGGGGGCACAGCAGCCAUAUUCUGAUAAUCCAGAGAGAUUUCACUGCUGGCCCCAAGUUCUGUGCAGAGAGACUCUGACUGGUCGCUGUUACUGGGAGGCUGAGUGGAGUGGAAAUGACACCUGGAUAGCAUUGACUUAUAAAGGAAUGAGGAGGAAAGGAUACAGUGUUGACUGUGGGCUUGGAUUCAAUGACAAGUCAUGGAGUCUGUGCUGCUCUCCUGACAGUUACUCUGUCUGUCACAAUAAUAAACAGACUGUCAUACCCAUAAAGCCCUCAGGUCCCCACAGAGUAGGAGUGUAUCUGGACUGGGCGGCUGGUACUCUGUCCUUCUACAGAGUCUCCUCUGAUGGACUGACCCUCCUGUACAGAUUCAUCUCCUCAUUCACUGAACCCCUCUGCCCAGGGUUUUAUGUUUAUUCAAACUCCUCUGUGUCCCUGUGCAUGCUGGGAUAGCUCACUGUGUGCUGGAGGAAUCAUUUUUACCAUAUCAGAAUGUCACGUGUCACUGCUUCUCCAUGGCAAAAAGGUAAAAUCUCUGCUUUUUAACCAGUAUAACCAUUUUUACUCUGUCUGAAGUGUAACGUAUGUAACAUAUCGCCCAGCUCUACGUAUGUUAGACAACAAUAAAUGACUGGUUUCGGCAAGCUGAACAAACAUGUAAAAUAACUAUAUUUGUUUUUGAUUAAAAUGUAAUUCUGGUGAUUAGGGGGGGGCUUUUCCCCUCCCCCAUAUGUACAUUUUAUAUGUUUGUCUAUAUAUUGUAUUUGUUACCUGUACACUGACAAUAAAAGCUUCCUAUUGUAUCCA